AUGGCUGAUGAGGAGAAAAAGAUUUACAAGUACAAGAAAGUGCUUGAUAACCCAGGCCGCUGGGAGGUGGUGUUGAAGGAGAUCAGGACACUGGUGGACAUGGCGCUGACGUCUCCCCUUCAGGAUGAGUCCAUUCACCAGGCACCACUGGAGAUUGUCUCAAAGCUGCUCUCAGAGAACAACAACUUAACCACCCAAGACCAUGAGAGCAUUAUUGUGGCAAUUGCACCUUUGCUGGAAAACAACCAUCCUCCUCCUGACCUCUGUGAAUUCUUCUGCAAGCACUGCCGGGAGCGCCCGCGGUCCAUGGUUGUGAUUGAAGUGUUCACACCAGUGGUACAGAGGAUUCUCAAACACAACAUGGAUUUCGGGAAGUGCCCUCGGUUGCGGCUGUUUACUCAGGAGUAUAUUCUGGCUUUGAAUGAGCUGAAUGCUGGAAUGGAGGUUGUGAAGAAGUUUAUUCAUAGCAUGCAUGGUCCAACUGGACAAUGCCCCCAUCCCAGGGUCCUGCCAAAUCUUGUAGCUGUCUGCUUAGCAGCCAUUUAUUCGUGUUACGAGGAAUUUAUCAACAGCCGAGACAAUUCCCCAAGCCUGAAGGAAAUCAGGAAUGGAUGCCAGCAGCAGUGUGACCGAAAGCCUAAUCUGCCGCUCCGCCUUCUUCACACGAGUCCUGACCUGGUCUCUCAAGAGGCCACCAUGACUGAAUCCCGUACCAAACCGCCUGUUGUCACUUCAAAUGAGAUCCACGUGGAAGUGGAGCGCACCAACACCGCUAAUCAGAAGAUGACAGCCAACGCUGGCAAUGACAGCGAGCCCAACCUGAUUGACUGCUUGAUGGUCAGCCCUACCUGCAGCACCAUGAGCAUUGAGCUGAGUGCCCAGGCAGACAGGAUCCUUGGCUGUUACGUUGAAAUACUCAAGAUGCUGUCAGACUAUGAUGACUGGAGACCAGCCCUUGCCAGCUUGCUUCAACCUAUCCCAUUUCCAAAGGAGGCUCUUGCACAUGAGAAAUUCACAAAGGAGCUCAAAUAUGUGAUUCAGAGAUUUGCAGAAGACCUGAGGCAAGAAGUCCACUCAUGCUUGCUGAGUGUGCGGGCUGGCAAAGAUGGCUGGUUCCAGCUCUACAGCCCUGGUGGAGUGGCAUGUGAUGAUGAUGGGGAGCUGUUUGCCAGUAUGGUGCAUAUUUUAAUGGGAUCCUGCUAUAAAACAAAGAAGUUUCUGCUUUCGCUGGCUGAAAAUAAAUUGGGACCUUGCAUGCUACUGGCCUUAAGGGGUAACCAGACAAUGAUUGAGAUUUUGUGUCUGAUGCUGGAAUACAACAUCAUUGAUAAUAAUGACACCCAGCUCCAGAUCAUCUCUACCCUGGAAAGCACAGACGUGGGAAAGAGAAUGUAUGAACAGCUGUGUGACAGGCAGAGGGAGUUAAAAGAGCUGCAAAGAAAAGGUGGUCCCACAAGAUUAACACUGCCAUCCAAAUCCACUGAUGCAGACCUGGCCCGCUUGCUAAGCUCAGGAUCUUUUGGGAAUCUGGAAAACCUCAGCCUGGCCUUCACCAAUGUGACAAGUGCUUGUGCUGAGCACCUCAUUAAACUGCCUUCUCUCAAGCAGCUGAACCUGUGGUCAACUCAGUUCGGAGACGCAGGGCUGCGGCUUCUCUCUGAACACCUCACGAUGCUGCAAGUGCUCAACCUCUGCGAGACGCCUGUCACAGAUGCUGGGCUGCUGGCACUUAGUUCCAUGAAGAGCCUGUGUAGCCUGAAUAUGAACAGCACCAAACUUUCAGCAGAUACCUACGAAGAUCUCAAGGCGAAACUACCCAAUCUGAAGGAAGUGGACGUCCGCUACACCGAAGCGUGGUGAACUCUCUCUGCCUCUGACUCUUCUCUUUUGCUUCUUGUGAGAAGGAAAAGGUUUUUAAAACAAACAGAGAAAAAACAAACUAAGAAAAUAACUUUUGUCUAAUCCCUGUAGAGCAGUGAGCUUUGGGACUUGGUGUUGGGAGUUGUGGUUGUGGGGGAGAGGAGUGGUGUUGUGU